AUGGCCACCUUCUUGCCUACGCCCUCGUCCUCGUCCAUACCCUCGUCCUUGCCCUCGUCCUCUGAUGGCGCCACAGCCACCUUGGCCUCCACGGACAUUCCUUCCCCCAUCACCAAAAGACCCAUCUACUUCCUCCGCAUCUCCAUCUCCAUCCUCUUCCUCUCCAUCUCCCAAGGCAUUAAUAUUCUUGAGUGCUUCCCCCCUGGCGCAGCCCACAGCCAAUGGGUCUUCGAGCAAGCGGCGAGGUCGGCAGAGGUCGCGUGGAAGGGCAGACCGAAGAACAUCGACAUUGUGAAAGGCGGAUAA